UGAGCGGAAGUAGAUGGAAACAGCCAGGCCAGACCGUCUGACAGCAAAGAAACGCCUGUCGCUGCGGAGCCAAACUCUCCGGACCUGGUGUUGUUUUUUUCUUUGACUUGAAAGUCCGAAUGGUGUAAAAUUAGAGGACAACGUCAACAUGGUGCACAUUUCGGAGCAUCUACCGUGCACGCCGAAACUCCGGGCGUCACUUUUCGCCUUUCUUCUCUUUUUUGUUGUCUCCCGUGGUGACGUCCCCCGGACACGAAGCGGCACCCCUUCGACGGAGGAAACGGUAGAAACUUACAACAAAUAUUACAAUUAUGUUGACAUGACCGGGCGUUUGCAGUCCUUAGCUCAGAGAUACCCUCACAUAGCUAACCUGUCGAGCAUAGGUCAGUCCGUUGAGGGACGGGAGCUCUGGGUGAUGCGGAUCACCAAGGACCCCACCAGAGACACACCGGGGAAACCUCAAUUUAAAUACGUCGGGAACAUGCACGGGGACGAAACCGUGUCCAGGCAGGUGCUGGUGUACGUUGUAGAGUACCUGCUGACUAACUAUGGAGAGGAAUCGCGUGUUACUGAGCUGGUGGACACCACGGAUAUUUCCAUCAUGCCCAGCAUGAACCCUGACGGCUUUGAGAGGUCCAUAGAGGGAGACUGCGGUGGCAGCAGCGAGGGUCGAAACAAUGCCCAAAAUAAAGACCUCAAUAGAAGCUUUCCUGACCAGUAUGAUGGGACCGGGGUCAAUCCAGGGACCAUCCCCGAGGUGAUGGCUGUGAUCAGAUGGAUCCAGGAGAACAAAUUCGUGCUGUCAGGGAACCUGCAUGGCGGCACCGUGGUUGCCAGCUACCCCUUUGACGACUCUGCCUCCCACCUGCGGCAGGGCUACUACAGCCAGUCAGAGGACGACGGCCUGUUUCGCCACUUGGCCCUGGUGUACUCCCAGAACCACCCUGGGAUGAAGACCGGAGAGCCCAACUGUCCCGAUGCCCUGGAUGAAACAUUUAAUGAUGGCAUCACCAACGGGGCGCAGUGGUACGACGUUCCUGGUGGGAUGCAGGACUACAACUACCUGCAUGGUAACUGUCUGGAAAUCACCAUGGAGUUGAGCUGCUGCAAAUAUCCUCCUGCUGCUGAGCUCCAUAAGGAAUGGGAUCUGAACAGGGAAUCCCUACUAGCCUACAUAGAAACGGUUCACAUAGGUGUCCAUGGUUAUGUGAAAAGGGCCGUCAAUGGUGCUGCCCUCGCCAAUGUCAGCAUUGUGGUGGCAAGCAAUCGCCAUAACCUGACCACAGGAAAACAUGGGGACUACUACCGCCUUCUACUUCCAGGAACAUACAACAUCACAGCUGUGGCCCCGGGGUACACACCAAUGACAGUCCACAGUGUUGUGGUCGUGGAGGGCAAAGCCACACAACUUAACUUUACCUUGGCACCUGUGGUCAACGAGGGCCCAGGUGGCAUCACUGUGACUACAUACGCCAUUCCAUCCACCAAUGAUCCAAACCUCCCCACCAUCACCACCACUACCGACUCUUCUGACUCCACCCAGACCCGGUUGGUUCCUGAAGCAACGAGCAACAGCAACCCACCUAUACUUCCACCCAAACAUCAGCCCAUCCAGCCUCAGGAGUUUCGUCACCACAGCUACGCAGACAUGGAGCUGUUCUUGCGCAAGUACAGCAGCGAGUUCCCCUCUAUUGCCCAUCUUUACAGCAUCGGCCGCUCCGUGGAAGACCGUGAGCUCUACGUGAUGGUUAUCUCAGACAACCCCACUGUCCAUGAGCAUGGUGAGCCAGAGUUUAAGUAUGUAGCCAACAUGCACGGUAAUGAAGUGGUGGGCCGAGAGUUAUUGCUCAACCUCAUUGAGUACCUGUGCCGUAACUACGGUACUGACCCGGAGGUCACUCAGUUGAUCAACAAUACCCGCAUCCACAUCAUGCCUUCAAUGAACCCCGACGGAUAUGAGGUAGCCACUGAAGGGGAUAUAGCUGGUUACAAAGGGCGCAACAACAGCAACGACUUUGACCUGAACCGCAACUUCCCAGACCAGUUUUUUACCAUCAAAGAGCCCAGACAGCCAGAAACUAUAGCUGUGAUGAACUGGAUGAAGAGCAUCCCCUUCACGCUGUCAGCCAACCUGCAUGGAGGCUCCCUGGUCGUCAACUACCCCUAUGAUGAUGACAAAGAGGGGAUAACAAAGUACAGCCAGGCGCCUGAUGAUAAAGUCUUUCAGCAGAUGUCCAGAGCCUACUCACAGGAGAAUCCUUUGAUGCACAGUGGACACACUUGUGAGAACCUGUACCGUGGGGAAUAUUUUAAGGAUGGCAUCACCAAUGGUGCCGUCUGGUACAAUGUUGCAGGUGGCAUGCAGGACUGGAACUACGUCAACACCAACUGUUUUGAGGUGACCAUUGAGCUAGGCUGUGUGAAGUACCCCGUGGGCAUAGAAUUGCCAAAAUACUGGGAACAAAACCGACGGGCCUUGCUUCAGUUUAUACACCAGGUUCACAGUGGAGUAAAAGGCACAGUCUCUGACACUAGGGAUGGCACAGGAAUUCCCAAUGCCACCAUUAGUGUGGAGCAGAUAGACCACAAUAUCACCACAGCUCUCACUGGAGACUACUGGAGGCUGCUGGUCCCUGGGACUUACUCUAUCACUGCCUCCGCUCAUUGGUAUAAACCUGUGAGGACCUACGCCACAGUCUCAAAGGAUCAUGUAGAGUUGGUGGAUUUCAGACUGACGCGUAUUCACUCAGACCCUAAUGGCCAGUCUCCCAAGGGCCCCCAACCUACACAGAACCCAUCUGAGAAGGCAUUCCAGAGCUUAAUCAAGGACCUCUCUCUGGGCCAGGGUUUGGAGCAGUUGGUCAGGAGCACGGCCACGGAGAACAGCUUCCGCUACAGACGCUACAAAGAGCUCUCUGGCUUCGUGAGAGGCCUCACACUUAACUUUCCCAAAAUAACAUCUUUACACAGUUUAGGCCAAAGUGUAGAGUUUCGAACCAUUUGGGCUUUGGAAAUCUCCAACAGACCAGGGGAAGCUGAACCUUCUGAGCCCAAGAUCCGCUUGGUAGCUGGGAUCCAUGGCAAUGCCCCUGUGGGCACAGAACUGCUGCUGGAGUUUGCUGCCCUCCUGUGUAUCAACUAUGGCAAAAACCCAGUCAUCACCAGGCUGAUCAAUGAGACCCGGAUUGUCAUCGUGCCUUCUAUCAACCCAGAUGGACGAGAACAGGCUAUUGAGAAGCAGUGCACCUCCAUCCAGGGCUUGAACAAUGCUCGUGGCAAAGAUCUGGACACAGAUUUCUUUGGCAAUGCGUCACAGCGUGUGGUGGAGGCCCAACCAGAGACCAGAGCCAUGAUGGACUUGAUUCUAGACAAGACCUACACUCUGUCUGUUGCUCUUGAUGGAGGCUCCCUUGUUGCUACCUACCCUUAUGACAAGCCUGUCCAGCCUGUUGAAAAUGAGGGCACAUUGAAGUACUUGGCAAGUGUUUACGCCAACAACCAUCCUAAGAUGCACCUCGGGAACACUGGAUGUUCAAAUAAUGGGCAGAUGGGCAACAUCCCAGAUGGAGUUAUGAGGGCAGCAGAGAGACAAAGUCACAUGGGGAGCAUGAAGGACUUCAGCAUGGACUUUGGUCACUGUCCAGAGAUCACCGUGUAUAGCGGCUGCUGUUUGUUUCCUCCUGCUGAGCAGCUGCCCACACUCUGGGCUGAGAACAAGAAGGCCCUCCUAAGCAUGCUGGUGGAGGUCCAUAAAGGGGUGCGUGGCGUGGUGCGGGACAAGAGUGGAAAGCCUAUUGUUGGGGCGAUCAUUGUACUGAACGGGGGAGUGAGAGUCUUUACUGCAGAGGGCGGCUACUUUCAUGCUCUGCUGGCUCCUGGCAACCACAACAUUGAAGCCGUUGCUGAUGGCUACCAACAACAACGUCAAGAGGUGGUGGUGUCUUCCUAUGAAGCUGCUAGCUCCAUCAUCAUUGUGUUUGACAUGGACAACAGCAUCUUUGGCCUGCCCAGAGAGUUUGUGGUGGCCAGUGCAGCAGCCUCCAUGACGGCGUUAGUGGUGACGGCGUGCAUCAUCUGGUGUGUGUGUGCCGCCAAGUCUAACCGUCAAAAAGAUGGCUUCCACCGCUUGCGACAGCACCGAGACGACUACGACGAUGAGAUCCGGCUCACCUCCAUGGGCUCCAAGAAGUCGCUGCUUGCCAAUGAGUUUCAGGACGAGAGUGAAAGCGACGAGGAGACACUGUAUGACAACAAAAUCUGAGGACCAUUGCACGAAUUUGGGUGUUGGCUCAGUGUUUUUUAUUUUGAUCUCUCCCUUAAAUUUACCCAACAAGGAACAGUUUGAACUCUAGACAGCGUCUCUGUCUCUCUUUUUAUGACGGAAAUACAAGAGCGAUAAAGACUCUUUUGUUCCGUUAUAACAACAAGGACUCACUCCCAGUCACUCGGUUAUUAGUGCUACUAAAUUAUUUCUUUAAGAGCAUCCUGCUGGCGUCUGGACUGAAAGGCUUGCUCCAUCUCUACCUGACUGGAUCAGGAGAAAUAGACAAAGAGAAGGCGAUAAAAGAGGGAGAGAAGUAAACGUUUGAUCCACUGUGGCCCUCAUCCAUCAUUAAAGCAGGUUUUGAGUUCCACCGCUUUUUCAUUUCUGAGCCACGCAAUAGUGCUCUUAUAGAUCACCACCUGUCCUGCCUGGCUGAGGGGUUCCAGCUGAUAAGUCCUAAUUCACUCUAUUUUUUUUUUAUAGAGGAUGAUCAAUGAAGUCUGAAUGGAAGUGCUUAAUUUCACACAAUCUCCCAUCUGAUACCAUGCAUUCAUUUCAAAUACAGCUUUGAGCAGGGAAAUUAUACGUUUCUUCUAUCCGAGACAGCAUUGCUACAUUGAAGUGUCCGAGCCUUUGGGAGACUGAAUCCAACACUGUGCCUUGGCUUCUAUAUAAAGUUUACAGUCCGGUCGGGCUGAAGUAUGUGACGCGAAGCAGCAACAUAGUGAAUAGAUAAUAUUUGAUCCCUCCUAUACUCAGGUGGUAGGAAAAGAGAGAACUUAUGAUUUAAAGGACUGCUGAAUUGUCAGUGUUGCACUGUUUCUGCACAGGUGACUCAAGGCUGUCCGGUCUUGGUUCAGUAGUUUUGUAUUUUCCCAGUGAGUCAAUGUUGUGGCCACGAUCAAUCCUCAUCAUGGGAGUGAGCUUCUCAAAAGCUUCUGAGCUUCAGGGGGAAUCUGUUACCAAUGAAAUGCUUGAAUGAAACCCUCCCCAGUGAGUGCGGGGUGCUCUGAUGUAUGCGUUGAGGUCACUUGCACUAAAUGGAAAGCAAGGAUUGUCCCAUAUCAUUGGCCAAAAACAGAGUUUUUAUAUGUAAUCAUAAAAAAUAAUGUAUUUGUUGUUUUCCCCUUUUUGUGUUUAUUGUAGGUUAAUUUCAAACUGUCUACAUGGAGAGUUGAGUGUGUGCCCUGUUUUUAUCAAGGAUGUGCAUUCUCACCAUGUCUCAUAAAAAGAAAUAUCAAUUAUGUUUUCUUUUCAUUGUGUUCGUGUUUAUUCUCCCACUAAACAAUACAUUGGAGAGCAAACAUCUCCUAGGUUGUCUUUCUAUUACUGAUCACUGUCAAUGAAUCAACGUCGGAGCCAUCCAGCUACACGAAGAAAACAAGGAUAAAGAGAACAUUAUAGUCCGGUGCUAAAUAAUACAGUAAUUUGCCAUUUCUCUUGUCUGUUAAAGAAGCUCAUUUCUCAUUGGAUGACAAUGUUUAAUUGGGGUAUAUCGACAAAUCUAGGGAGCAGGUUUGUGUUGGUAAUCUUGUCCAACAUGCAGAUUUAACUAGAAGCAUCUCCUGGUGAAUUUGAAUUGAAAUAUCAAAACAAUCCAAAUGUAGUUUUCUUUGCAUCAGAAAUCUGUGUAAAUAUUUCUGUCUAAUUAAAACUGAUGCACUGGAUCAUUAAAAUAAGGUGGCUCCUGGGAACGCCGUGCAUGUUUCUCAUCACAAUUUUUGAAGUAAUAGACUCUUCUUCACGAAAGAAUUUGCCUCGAUUUCCAAUUGCUUCGAGGGGAGAUUCUUUUCCUUUUUAUCAAAUGCAGCGGUCAUCAGUAAAAAAAAUUGUCUGCGUAGAGAGACAGUUUUGUACAUAAUUUUUCUUUCUUAUACUGUGUCUGUGGAUGCGUGUGUAUGAAUUUUGAAAGUUGAGUGUGUGUUGGGGUCACAGUGUUGGUGUGAAGAUUUUAUAUGAACUGGAAUCAACUGUACAUAAUGUUUGACAAAUGAGAAUGGAAAAAUAAAUGCAAUUCAUGUUAACCAUUAAUUUACACAAAACAUCCCAAUAAAAACCUCUGUGUGAUCAUGACAUGCUAACAAUGCACAACAACUCAUAAAACCAUUGAAUGAAA